GGCGGCGAGCCGGCAGCUGGGCUGGGCGGCCAGGAGCCACCGCACGCGCUCCGCGUCCUCCUCUCGCGCGGCUCCUGCGGGAUCCCAACACUGCGGUACCCCAGCAGUUCCCGCAGCCCCGCGCCCGCAGGCUGGCCGCGCGGCCGCCGCCGCCCCCUGGCCGCGCAGUUCGCCUCGCCCCGCCCCACCCGGUCCCUCCUCGCCCCGCCCCAAUCCGGUCAGCCCCGCCCCGCCCCGAGCCACCAAGCAGUUCCCGCCCUCGCCCAGCGCCCAGGUAGCUGCGAGGAAACUUUUGCAGCGGCUGGGUAGCGGCACGUCUCCAGCUUCUUAGGGCCACUGCCAGGCUUGCCGAGUCCUGGGACCUCUCUCGCCCCUGCUGCCACUCUCCCACUCUCUCCUCGCUCCCCGCCAAGCAGGAUGGCAGGGACCGUGCGCACCGCGUGCUUGGUGGUGGCGAUGCUGCUCAGCUUGGACUGCCCGGGACAGGCGCAGCCCCCGCCGCCGCCGCCGGACGCCACCUGUCAGCAGGUCCGCUCCUUCUUCCAGAGACUGCAGCCCGGACUCAAGUGGGUGCCCGAAACCCCGGUGCCAGGAUCAGAUUUGCAAGUGUGUCUCCCCAAAGGCCCAACAUGCUGCUCAAGAAAGAUGGAAGAAAAGUAUCAACUAACAGCACGACUGAACAUGGAACAACUGCUUCAGUCUGCAAGUAUGGAGCUCAAGUUGUUAAUUAUUCAGAAUGCUGCAGUUUUCCAAGAGGCCUUUGAAAUUGUUGUUCGCCACGCCAAGAACUACACCAACGCCAUGUUCAAGAACAACUAUCCGAGCCUGACCCCACAAGCUUUUGACUUUGUGGGUGAAUUUUUCACUGAUGUAUCUCUCUACAUCCUGGGUUCUGACAUCAACGUGGACGACAUGGUCAAUGAAUUGUUUGACAGCCUGUUUCCAGUCAUCUAUACCCAGCUAAUGAACCCAGGCCUUCCAGAGUCCACCUUAGACAUCAAUGAGUGCCUCCGAGGGGCAAGGCGUGACCUGAAAGUGUUUGGCAAUUUCCCCAAGCUUAUUAUGACCCAGGUUUCCAAGUCACUGCAAGUCACUAGGAUCUUCCUGCAGGCCCUGAAUCUUGGAAUUGAAGUGAUCAACACAACCGAUCACCUGAAGUUCAGUAAGGACUGUGGCCGAAUGCUCACCAGAAUGUGGUACUGCUCUUACUGCCAGGGACUGAUGAUGGUUAAGCCAUGUGGUGGCUACUGCAAUGUGGUCAUGCAGGGCUGUAUGGCAGGUGUGGUGGAGAUCGACAAGUACUGGAGAGAAUACAUCCUGUCUCUGGAAGAACUGGUGAAUGGCAUGUACAGAAUCUAUGACAUGGAGAAUGUACUGCUUGGUCUCUUUUCUACCAUCCAUGACUCCAUCCAAUAUGUCCAGAAGAACGGAGGAAAGCUCACCACCACAAUUGGCAAGUUAUGUGCCCAUUCUCAACAACGUCAAUAUAGAUCUGCUUAUUAUCCUGAAGAUCUAUUUAUUGACAAGAAGGUAUUAAAAGUUGCUCGUGUAGAACGUGAAGAAACCUUAUCCAGCCGAAGAAGGGAACUAAUUCAGAAGUUAAAAUCUUUCAUCAGCUUCUAUAGUGCUUUGCCUGGCUACAUCUGCAGCCAUAGCCCUGUGGCUGAAAAUGACACUCUUUGCUGGAAUGGACAAGAACUCGUGGAGAGAUACAGCCAAAAGGCAGCGAGGAAUGGAAUGAAAAAUCAGUUCAACCUCCAUGAGCUGAAAAUGAAGGGCCCUGAGCCAGUGGUCAGUCAGAUUAUUGACAAACUGAAGCACAUUAACCAGCUCCUGAGGACCAUGUCUGUACCCAAAGGCAGAGUUCUGGAUAAAAACCUUGAUGAGGAAGGGCUUGAAAGUGGAGACUGUGGCGAUGAUGAAGAUGAGUGCAUCGGAGGCUCUGGCGAUGGAAUGAUGAAAGUGAAGAACCAGCUCCGCUUUCUUGCAGAACUGGCUUAUGAUCUGGAUGUGGACGAUGCUCCUGGAAGCAAGCAGCAUGUGAAUCAGAAGGACAAUGAGAUAGUUGCCUCUCACAACCUUGGGAAUGGCCAUCCUCCCCUGAAGCUUCUCACCAGCUUGGCAAUCUCUGUGCUGUGGUUUUUCCUCCUGGUGCACUGACUGCCAGGCUCACAGUAUAUGUGCUGCCCUUCAGCACCCUGUGGUCUCCCUCUAUAAAGGGAACCACCUUUUUCUUUUUCCCUAUUUUUUUAUCUUCUGUACCUCCUUCAGCCAUUAAGUAGAAGACUAACCCUGCGUUACGUUUUCGAAAAUCACAUGGCAUCUCCGUAAGGAGGGCAAAUUUUAGUGGUAGUAUAGAUUCUUUUGCAAUAAACAAAUUGUGCCAAAUUAUUUUCCUAUGUUUGGCUGCUAGAACAUGGUUGCCAUGUCUUUCUCUCUGUCUUUCCCUUUGCAUGGAUUUCUUUGGAAAAAAAAAAUAAUAAACACUCAAAUAAAAA